AAAUCAAAGUCACUCUAAUAAGCUGCUGGUGCAAAAUUUAAAGUUUUCUUACAAUGUUAAAAAAAUAUUUACGUACCAGCCAUCGGCUGGUACUUCGCCGAAUCAAUAAUUUCACUCCCGUAUUAUUAAAUCAAUGUGCUAUCGCAAACACUUUAAAUUCUGACAGUCUUCUAUUAUGCAGUCGGAAAUAUUCUGCACACACAUCAAAUAUUUCGCAGCCUUUAGAAAUAAUCAAUCCAGUGGUUUUUGAACAAAUAUGCAAUGAAACUCUGGAAUCCUUGUGCGAAUACUUUGAAGAAAUCGUGGAAAAGUCUUCCGAUUUGAAGGGUGCAGAUAUAACAUUCAGUGAUGGAGUUUUAACAGUAGCACUUGGUCCCACCUAUGGAACUUAUGUAAUAAAUAGGCAAAGCCCAAACAAGCAAAUUUGGCUCAGUUCCCCUGUUUCUGGCCCUAAACGCUAUGAUUUAAUAUUAAAAGAUGGAGGAUAUUGGGUUUACAAACAUGAUGGAGUGACCUUGCAUAAGCUUUUACAAGAAGAAAUAUCGAAGAUUGUUGGGACUGUAGACUUUGGGAAUUGUUCCCAUGGUGUAAUCUAAAUUAUUUAUUCUAAAUUUUUUGUUACGUUCUGUUAAUUAUUAAAUAGGUUUUAUUUUACAUUUUGUUUUAUUUUUUAUUACAAAAUGGAGGUAAUUGAAGAUGGAAAUAUUAUGGAUAGAAUUCCUAUUCUUUUGCAAAGGGACUUCCAAUAUUAUCAGGAAAAGCAGACCGUAUUAUCUGAGAAAAUAUGUCGAGGUGUGGUUGGUGGGAGAUUAGAUUUUCCAAGGAAUGCAUCAUUUGCUGCAGUGAAGAUCGUUUUGUGGUUAGAAGAAGAGUUUCACAUUGCAUUCAACCUAGGGUCUGGAAUGUUUGUCACUGUAAAUGCUGGCAAAGGCGAUGGCGGUGUAGCAAAAACAUCUGACCCAGACAAAUUCGUCCAACUCGCAAUUAAAUCCAGUGAUUCUUUACUUGAACAUCUCCACAUAUUGGCUCAAGAGGCACUCGACCACGCUGAUCUCCCGGUGUUAACCGCAACACUUGGAGCCGCCGCGUUACUGAAAAAUAGCCUGUAUUACUAUGUCCAACAUGUUGAAGAAACUGGCAACACCGAGAGAUAUUCUCGAUUGCAGGCAUGUUACAAACGUUACGUCACCAUGGCGGAAGCAGUCGGCGAGAGAGUACUCGAUCUUCACAACCGAGUACUUUCAUUGUACAUUCUUCAAGACUCUGGUGGUCGGCCCAUUGAAGAACAGAGGCCUAUACAAACUGGCACGCCGUCAGUACAAGGCUGGUGGCUUUAUAUGAAUGGCAGUCGCAAAGACUUGUGGGAUACUGUACCUCCGAGAAUGGCGCAGAGGAUCUUUGCCGGGAUGCUAAAUGAAACAUUGACUAUCCUCACUGUGAGGUACUGUCAGACUAAUACAACAGAGUCAACAACGCCGUUACUGCUGAAUGACAUCUUGAACAUAUUACUAUGUGUGGCUCAACUCUUACCUUCGAUUUGCGCCAGUGGUGCAGACUUGGCUGGAUUGGACGUUCCAAAGCAGACGAGAGACGUGAGAGAUCUCCACGCUAAGUGCAACGAGCUGUUUAAAUGUAUGAUUUACAGGGGAGCCGAAUUACAUUUUCUACAUCAGGUGUUUAAGUCAAAAGAGCAGGGAAUAACGGCCAAAGAGUGUGCUUACCCAUGGUUUACUUUUGUGAGUCCAAAUCUGUUUGAUAGUUUCGACGAUUUCACCGUUAAACAUACCAAGGAUCUUCCGAACAAAACUGCCAUUGGAUUGGAAUUAAUAGUUCUACUCGCCCAACCUCAGCCUUCGUGGCCUUUGUUAGUCAAGGUCUUAAUGAUGCGUGACUGUCAUCUCGCUAGAAUAUUAUUGCAUAACGCGAUUAUUAAUAUGUCUAUUGAUAACGCGCGUUGGCCAGCUGACGGACUGUGGUACAACGUCGAUCAGUGUCAGCAAAAGUGUGGGGGCUUUUUGUGUACAGCUGAUGGAUUCUGUAGGUUCAAAGGCGCUACUGAAGUUGGGGAACAGUACGCCCGAUGUGCCGGAGCAUUAACUAAUGUUCUAGCUACCAUUGGCAGUAAAGCGGAGUUAAAAUCUACUUUGUGUUAUGCUCUGGAGAUUUCUGGAAGGGACUGGGCGCCUUGUUUGGAUAAACGUCAAGUUUGGUGCGAUCGUCGCCCGCCAUGGUUGGCUGGUAUAUUGGCUAUGGUUGGCACAGCACUACAAUUUAUACCACCGAUAUUAGUUAAUACCGUACAAAGUGGAGCGUCGAUGUACCAGACAAUGUCCCUUUGCCUGAGUUGUAUUUCAAGAACGCUGGAUUGCAUACCGCAGUGCUUUGUUAACGCGGCGUCGGUUAUUGAGAACACUAUACCGUCUAACGUGACCCCAGUGGGUGGAUCGAUUUUGCUGCAGAUGCUGAUAACAAUUAUUUACGAGGAAUUACAGAAGUGGGCGAAGAAGGAGGCUGUUAAAGAAAAGUCUGUUGCAAAUGGCGAAGCACAUAACUUAAACACGAAGCAUAGUAGACCGAAAAUGAAGCAAGUCAGGAUUCGGAGUCUCGCUAAUACAAACACGUCCAGCUCAGUGAGUUUUGACGGUGCGUACAGUUCUCCGUCGUCAAUAGCGCUCGCUAUAGCCGAGGCGCUUUGCUCUAUAGACGAAGACGAUAAGCACACGCAAGAGAUACAGACGCUAGUGGCUCAGUCCAAAGCAUCCUUCGAACUGUCCAAUCAGUUCGGACUGGAAGACUUUCCAGAGUUCGCAGAGUUUUUUAAAGAGGGUAAUGUUCCUGCCGCCAACGCGGAGCGAGCGAGUGAUGCCGCCAUUUUGACUAAUCAAAUAUUGAUGACGUCAGCUGGAAGGGACAGCCUUCGGGUAAUCUAUGACCAUCUUCAGCUACACUCGGAAUGGGUUUACAAGGAAUUGGGAAUUCAGGAGACUUGUGACGUGGAUAUACCAUUGAACAAGGCCCCGCUCCUGUAUAUCAUGUUUCACAUUGGUCGAAGGCCUUUCGAUCAGUUUCUGAGAGGCGAAUGGCCUAUGCCUUGGAGCAAGCUAGUCGCUGUCGCUAAGGCUUGGUCGGGCGUCGAAGGAGCCAAAGUCCACAUCAACAGAAGAACUGACGUGCGUAACGUGAAAACUCACGGCAAGUGUAACAAGCAGUUAUUAGAGUUGUACGGAUUGUUUAAAGCGUCACCUGAAGGACUUCUGUAAUGAAAAUUUUCUUAUUAUAUGUCUAUACAUAACGUCUUUUCUACCGACUUCAAAAAGGAGGAGGUACUCAAUUCGACUGUAUUUUUUUUGUUCUUUUUAUGUGUGUUAUCUUAUAACUUUUUCUAUGUGAACCGAUUUCGACGAUUUUUUUUAUUUGAAAGCUGGUGCAUCUCACGUAUCCCAAUAUAAAUUUGAUCAAGGUGUGACCAAUAGUUUUUGAGUUAUUCUUAAUAAUUUAUGUUGAAGUCGGUUGUACAAAAUUUUAAAUUUUAAAUUAUUGUUAAUACAAUGCGAUAUUUUGAUUAAUCGACCAUUAGAAUACAAAAAAUUUUAAACAUACCGAAAACUUACGCACUGCUAAUAUAUUUUAUAUGGCGUUUCAAUAUUAUAUUUUUUAAUAUAAAGUAUUUUUUUAGAAAACCUAAAUGUGUAUAUAUUUUUGAAGAUUUUCAGUAUUUAAAACACGCUUUUGUUAAUUUCACUAGAACAAUACAUACUUAUUAUAUAAUAAGAAUUAGACUAAUCACCAAAUUGUGUAGUAAAUCAAAGUACUAACAUAUAUAUGUGUGUAAUAUAUAUAAUAAUAAAAAAUGUUACGUGCUUUCCGAGGCACGGGGAUGAAACACCACCAACUGAUAAUUUAUUGACGGAAAAACCUAAUAAACUGAUUUUGCCCCGACUGGGUAUUCGAACCCCAUGGGGCAACAGUCGGGUUUACGACCAAUAGACCAACGAGUCAGUCAAAAAUAAGCAGGUAAUCAUUAACUAUGCAUUCUGGUAAUAAGUCAUCAAAUAAUCAAUUCUAAACAGAUAACCCAUUGGUGAAAACUUUUAAAAGGAUUACUUGGGGACUUACAUAAAUACUUUACUUGUAAAUAGAACAUAUUUAUAAGCUUACAAGCCAACAUACAGACAAAAAUUUGACAAAUGGUUAUUCAUAUGUUUAUGGCAUGGGAAUAGCUCUCUGAGUACUUUAAUUUUAUUUAUAUGUACAGUUGUAUAAAUUUAGAUAAUUAAUUUAUAUAAUUAUAGGAUUUUUAUUUAAAUGUAUUUUGAAUCACAUUAAAGAGACAUUUCCAUCUCUUAUUAUAAUUCAAAGUCAAAACCAAAGUAUAAAUGACACAAAAGUAAUAGUUUAGUCUAGCAUCGGCUGUAUCUAGGAAACUAUAUGUGUUAUAUUUACAUACUUAAGCUUAGGUAAAUGAACACAAAUAGGCAUAAAGGACAAUGCAUAAGGUAGGUAUGAAAAAUGGUAUUGUGUCAAGACCUGACAUAGUACUUACGCACAUGAGUUAGAAUUCUAAGAAAUAAACAUGUAUAAUAUAUGAUAAUAUGAU